UUAAAUCUCGUUGCAGGUAGUUGUGUUGUUCGGAAAUUUAUAGAAAUCGGUGUGCAUUUUUAUAGUCGCCGAUCAAAUAGCUCAAUGUAUGAGCACAUUUCAUAGUGAAGUAAAACAUGUAAGCGAUUGUAUUGCAACGAAAUUCGAAUGGACUUCGUACAUUGGCGGUUUUUUUAGAUCGAGCGAGUGAGAGUGAGAGAAUAAGAUAGAGAAAAACGUACAACGUUCAGAAAAGUAAAAAAAAAAUCACACACGCAGAGACAGUUGGAGAGAACGAAAGAUAGAGAGAGAGACAAUUAAGAACGCACUUGAAUCUCAAAAUUUGUUGCGUUGUGAUUGUUAGCCAGCGAUAAGUAGAAACAGGAGACGAGCACGUUAACUGGAUUGCAUGCAAUUGAAGUGAAGUGUGAUAGCACGAGAGUGAUAGAGAAGGAACACAACCGAGAAGAAAAAACAAAGCACAAGAAAUAAAGAACUGUGAAACGAUAAUAAUUUCACAAAAAAAAAGUGGCAUCAUUCAUUGAGUGCGUUUCACUUCCUUUUGGUUUGUGCUCGUUGCAAAAGCAGGUGAAUCUGCGAGUAGUUGAUCGAGCCAAAAAUGGAUAAACCUGAUUCGACAAUGUCUGCCGCGGAUGGUACAAGUUGCGGUGGAGCUGUUGCUGGUUCGAUUUUUGGUACCAUUGCGUGCAUCAUUUUGUUGGCAGUGGGCGCAUGGUUGUUCUACAAAAAAUAUUGGAAACAUAAAUCAGAAACGAAUCCAUUGGUUGAAGAUGCUGAAAAUUCGAAGGUUGACUACGCAUUUGAUAAUCCGGCUUUCAAAGGGGAUAACAAUAAGAAUGCUUCGCCAUUCGAUAGCAAAUGGAAAACACCAGACAAACGUAAAACCGUUGAUGAUUCAUAUGCAAAUGCGACCAUACCACGUUUGGUACCGUUGCGCGGUUCCGAUUUUACUGGAUUGGGCAUUGAAGUUUGUGGUGGCUUAAAAGAUGGCAUCUUUGUGAAAAAAGUAAUGCCCCAGGGACCGGCUGCGAAUAUUGUGCAUCGAGGCGACAAAAUAACCAGCAUUACCAUUGAUUUUCGGCAUAUUGUCCAAGAGGAUGCGGCCACAAUUCUAAGCUAUGCAUCACCGUACAACGUUCAACUCGAAUUGGUCGAUUCAAAUGGAAUGUUAUCAAAUGUAUUGUCACAAAACGUCAACCAACCGGCCGCAUUGACACAUCCACUGUAUCGUCCGCGCAGCCAAGAGGAUCUGAAUACCAUUGAACGAAAUGCACGAAAGAAAUUAUUUUCAAAAGAUGAUAAUUCGUAUCCAACACUUAAAAUGGAUCAGCAACAACAUAGCCAUGUUCAACCGAAACCACGAUCGCCAGCAAUUCAAUUACCACAAGCGCACGAGGAAAAUGAAAAGAAAAAUUCGUUGAAAAAAAUUCAAAACUAUUUUAUCGAUAUGGUUGAAGAGAAAUUCCAAACGAAAGCAUCGCAUUCAAAUGAGUCGGGCAGCGAUGGUAAAAAAGGCAUGAAAUUUGGCAUUCGUGUUUUACCGCCCACUUUAAAUGGCAAAGAUUCGGGCAAAUCACCGAACAAAGUACAAGCGGACAAUGAUAAUAAUGCAAAUAUUGAAAAAAUUGAACACAAUACCAUCGAACCGAUUCAACAACAACAACAGCAGCAGCAGCAACAACUUCAACAGCAACAACCACAUAGUCCAGCACCACCAGAAGCCAUGAAAAGAUCAAAGAAUAAAUCACAAGAUGCAAAGAAAGCAAACAGCAUUCAAGAUGACAACAAACCGGUUCCAUUCGAACGACAGGCCUCGAUCAAUUCGAGUGGCAUUAAACGUGACGCAGCUGGCAUUCCACAGGAAGUGCCAACUGAAAUGAUGCAGGCAGCAAUGACGGCUGUAAAUAAUCGAACAAAAGUUAAUUCAAUUGAUCGUAAAUCAAAAGGAAAGGCACCAAUUCCACCGGCUCGCGGUGAAUACGAUGAAUCAUCUGCAGACCAUGUUGAUAACAUACAUGUUGUUAAAUUGGAAACUGUUGAAAUGCCACAAAUAACCACAAUGAAAGUCAGCAUAACAGGAAGUCAACCGGAUCUCGACUCCGACGCUGAAUACAAUGGAAAGAGUGUUCAACAAAUUGAAUUAAAUUCAAAUCAUAUCACAGUUCAUCAGGCGUCCGAAGAAGAAGAGGAAUCGAAUGAAGAACGACGAACGGCCAGUUUGGGUGAUUUAUCAAAAUUGGAGCAUAACAAAUGUAUAAAUAACAAAAAUCGUCCAACAAAUGGCACAUUAGAACGUGCACAAAGUCUUGAAAUGUCUGAUGCAAAUAAUCAAAUAGCGGCCGGUAAAGUAACACCGAAAAAGCGAAAAGCCCAUCCCGAUCAUGAUCUUGUUGAAGUGAUGGAAUUGAAAGAGCCACGUUUCAGCGAGCCAAUUAUUGAGCAUUUGGAACCAUUACAAACGGUACGGUUGAAGAGUUCAUAUGAAUGGGGCAAUUUGGAGGAUGCCAUUUAUGAUGGCAAAGAUAAGAGCGCAUCAGACGAUUCAUUCGAAUUGGAAUCACCGCAAAAGAAAUUGUCGGCAAGUAGUAUGGAUAUGAUGUCCGAAGUAUUGGCAGCGGCCGAUAAAUUCGAUAAAGAAAUCAAUGACAUUGAAUUGCAUGACGUUAUGAAUGAAAUGCCACAAGUUGAAUUUGACGAUGUGGUAAAUGGUGUGAUGGAUGAAACAAUUCGAUUGGAAUUGGUGCAAAAUAAUGAAAUUGAUAUGAAAUUAAGCGGAGAACCAUCAUUGUCCGAUGAUUCAAAUGAAAUACAAACAACAAGUAAUGGCAUUAUGAUUGAAAGUAACGAUCAAACAUUUGUUGAGGAUGAGCCACAACAAAAUAUCACACAAAUUAAUCUAUCGACGGCAAUGGCGACGACGACAACGACGACGACGACAGCCACUGUACAUUUGGAAUUGAAAUCAAAUGACAACCAUUUCGAUGACAUUGCAAUCGAUUCGCCAAAAACUAUUAAUUAUGGAACAAAUGUAAGUGAUGAUGCAAAGGCAUCACGUUAUCCAUUGAGCACACUUGAACGACCAAAAUCGGAAGUGCUCAAGCAAUUGAUAGCACAACAAGUUCCUGGCGAUACUGAUGACAAAUCGAUGGACAUGAAUGGCAUUUCAUAUGCAAAGAGUGUAUCCAUCGAUGGUCCAAUCAAUAUAUCAGUGGCCGUUCAUACUGACAGCGAUGCCAGUGAAUCCGUUCAAAUAUCGCCAGUCUUUUCGAGUGACGGCAGUGGUGUUAACAAUAUAAGCAUUUCAUCAACAGAAAGUGAUUCAAAAGAUUCAAUUGCAUCGCCGAUGCUUACAACAACAACAACUGAAAAUCGAAUAACAAUAUCAACUAGUGACUCGCAACCAGCGUCAAUUAUCAUUGAAGAUGAAACAUUAAAUUUUAAAAUGCAAACGCUGGACGAUGAACCAAAUGAGCAAUCGUUGAUUAAAUCACAAUCAGCAAAUGGUUCGCCGAAGAAAAACGAAGUGUUUAUCGUUGAAAGUUUAUCAUCAAAAAAAUCGCAAGAAUCUUUGUUACCAGUGAGCCAAAAUGGGCGUGAAACAAAGCCACCAACACCCGGAAAUAAGGGUUUUGUCACCGAAAUUCGUUUUCCCAAUGCAAAUAAAGAUAAACAAAUGAAUGCAAAAAAUUUAAGUAAAUCAAUGGAAAAUCAACGAAAUCAUUCACCGGAAACAAAGAAUGGACAAAAUGAGGCAAAAGCAUCGAGUCCAAACGAUAGCCGAAAAACAACAAAUGAAAAACCAGUUAUUGUUGAAGAGGAAUACAUUCCACGAAAUAAUGAGAUUCGUUUUACCACAUCGACGUAUCAAUCGCCACGACAGCAAUUUGAAAAGCGUCAUUCACAAAUUGAUCAAAUUCGAUCGAAUUUCGAACGAAGUCAUACAUCGGAAAUUCCAAUACCGAUUCGUAAAACUAGCACACCCUCCACACCACCACCACCACAAUCAUCAAAUGUGGCUCGCGUCAGCCCAUCCAAAAUUCCCGUAUUUACAUCGCAAAAGAGUAGCGAUAAUCUUUUGAAAAACAAUAACAGUACGAACCGAGUCAGUGUCACAUCAAUAAAGAAUUCGUCGCGAAAUCCGAGCGGCAAAUAAAAAUGAAAGUAAAAUGUACUUGAGUUCUUAUUUUUUUCUUCUGCCAAACACCUCGUUGCCAUCGAUCGAAUUUCCCUUCCAAAAAAAAAAAAUAGAAUUGUCAGCCAAACAUCAAAUGGAAACAUGCACUUUUUCCACAAGCAUAAUGGGCCGUCUUUGUUUUAUUCUGAAUAAAUUUCAGUUUUAAAUCAGAUUUCUCCAUUGAAUUGUUUGCUUUUUACAUCAAUUGUAAUUUGUGACAACAGAUUGAAAUGUUACGAAUGCAAACGAUGUAUGACAGUGACGGCAACCGCGGCGCGGCAACAAGGGCAACAAUGACAGUGGUGACAGUGGAAUCAGCGGCGACGGUGCAUGGCAGAACAAGACGAAAAAGGCCAUCAGUAGAAUUUCAAAUUAAGCCAAUAAUUCAUGUUGUUGUUAUGUUGAAUGGUGCAACACUUUUGUGUGUGUUUUUUUAAAUAAAAAUUAUAACUAGGUAUCGAAUCGAUAUUUUUAUCGAAUAAUAAUCGUUAAAUGUUAGGCAGUAAGGGCGCACAUGUAUUUUGUAGUAAUAUUUUCUUCAACCUCCCCCCGUUUUGAUUAGUUAAUAUUCAGCAGUUUUAUUUGAAUAAAAAAAUUGUCAAGAGUGAUUGCAUUAAAAAUUGAGCAAUUUUGACUUUAGUCAAGAAUAUUUCAAGUCUCGCAUAGAACAAUUUUAGUCAAAAUAUAAAUAAACAAAGAAAUGCAUAUGAGUACACAUCCAUUGAAAACAAACAAAAAAUAAAAACCGACAAACAAUACAAUUUCGUUGAAAUGAAAUGUUGAUAGUUGCAUGUGUCAGUUUUUGGCACAACACUUAAGUGCGCUUCACCAAAUUUUGAGCGAACAGUGGAAUUUUUGAUAAGUAUAUAAUGCAUAUUGGUUUUAUUUGUUUCCGUCGGAAUGCUUGCGUUUGUGGCAUCCGAAAGUGCUUUUAUGCUGAAAUACUUCGAAUACUGUGAAAUCAAAUAUCAAAAUACGCUCGGCACUACAUUUGCAGUAAACACACAUUUUGUAGAAUGCACGAAAUUUAAUUGAGAUUGUAUUCUAUAAAAUGAUUCGAAUUCUAUAUUUAGAAUGUUUAAUUUCAAUUCUAUUCAAAUUUCAGUCAGUUCACGAAAAUUCACAACGACAAUACCUGUAAAUACCGCCUAAUUCCAUAAAGUUUUAUGCAAAUGUGUAUGUUUUAUUGAGAGUGAUUGAGAGUAAGCCAGAAUGGGAGAUAAAUAAAAUAGCGAACGACAUUGAAAAGAUACAUCAGAUUGAAAAUUGCAAAGAGAUUUUUGUGGCCAAUUGUUAUGAAUGUGAAAUGCAUUUACUGUAUUAUUGUUUUAUGUUCACGUCAUUCGGCGAAUGUGAGCUCAAAUUUUCAAUUGAAAACGACCACUAUUAGAUGUUAAGAGGGCAACAUAUACAGCCUAUGUCUAUUAUUAUCAUUACAUUAUACAUAUACAAUUCAAUUUUUAAACAAUUUUAACCAUAUUUAAAUUAUAUUUAUCGUUGUCAGUUUCAUUUAUUUUAGAAUUUGUUUGUCUAUUUACAUGUAAAAUACAUUUAAAUGUCUAUAA